UGAGAUUCUUCCUUCUAUUAGCACAUAUGGAAGGCACCAUUACUUCUUUCUGGGUUCUUUUGCUUGUUCUGAUUCUCUCCUCUGGGUUCCUCCACCUUGGAAUCGUUAAAUUUGGUCUGUGCAGUGACACUUAUAAUGUCAGUUGCAUUGCAGGGGAAAGAAAUGCUCUUCUCAACCUCAAACAAGGCCUCACAGAUCCCUCAGGUCGGCUGUCCUCUUGGACGAGUGAAAAUUGAUGUAGCUGGGCUGGACUGCGGCGGUGAGAUACAUCCUUCUUUGCUUCAUUUGAAAUAUUUGAGGUACUUAGACUUGAGCAUGAACAACUUUGGAGGAAUCACAAUUCCUAACUUCAUUGGAUCACUUAAGACAUUGAUAUAUCUCAAUCUCUCAGGUGCAUCCUUUGGAGGAAAUAUUCCUCCACAUUUAGGAAACCUUACCCAGCUGCACUAUCUUGAUCUCAGUGUUAGUUUUGGCUCGUCAAUUGAGAGUGAACUACACUGGCUACCAGGUCUAUCUUCUUUGAAGUACCUGAAUUUGGGUGGUGUUGACCUUGGAAAGACAGCAAAUUACUGGCUGCAAACUGUUAACUUGCUUCCCUCACUUGUUGAGUUGCACUUGCCUACUUGUGGUCUUUCAACUCUUCCUCUCUCUCUUCCCCUUGUUAACCUUUCCUCUUUGUCUGUCAUUGAUCUUUCCAACAAUGGAUUCAACUCCUCAAUACCUCCUUGUCUUUUCAACAUUAGCCAACUUGUGUAUCUUGAUUUCAGAUCCAAUAAUCUCAGAGGCAGAAUUCUUGAUGGCUUUGCCAGCCUGAAGCUCCUUCAACACCUUCACUUGUCUGAGAAUUCAUUUAUCCAAGGCAAGCUAUCGAGAAAGAAUCUGGGAAGCCUCUGCAAUUUGCAUCUUGGAGUCACUGCAUUUGGGUUAUAAUGAACUGGGUGGCUUUCUUCCUGAUUCCCUGGGAAACUUGAGAAACCUAACACGUCUUUCACUCAUGAAGAACCCUUUUGUUGGUUCAAUUCUUGAAUCUAUUGGGAAUUUGUCUUCCCUACAGGAAUUCUAUCUCUCAGAAAAUGGAAUGAAAGGAACAAUUCCAG